CGGGAGGUGUGGCGGCCACAGCUGUUGCUAUGGCGGUUGUCCUGGCGAGUGGCCUCAGGCCGUUGAGCCGCGGGGUCCGGGUCGCUCUCCGCCGCUCGGCUCGAUGCCACUGGGUCACGGCGGGGUUCAGCCCGGCGUGGAUGGCGGGUCUCGGCCCCGGGCCCUGGGUCAGGUGUUUGAGUGAAGGGUCCGCGGCCGCAGGGCCUGGGCAGGAGCUGCAGGUGCGGUAUCUGGAGGAGGAGGAGAGCAAAGGAAUUGUUGUAUUUGGAAUCAACAGACCACAGUCAAAAAAUGCAAUCAGUAAGAAGCUUGUGGAAAUGAUCACAGAAGCUAUAGAAGCAGUGAAAUGUGACAAAAAUGUCCGAACAGUUAUACUUCGCAGUGAAGUGCCAGGAAUAUUUUGUGCAGGUGCUGAUCUGAAGGAGAGAGCAAAGAUGCAUCCAAGCGAAGUUGGGCCUUUUGUUUCCAAAGCAAGAAAUUUAAUAAACGAGCUAGGUCACCUUCCGAUGCCCACAAUUGCUGUGCUUGAUGGCGCUGCCUUAGGAGGAGGUCUAGAAAUGGCUCUCGCCUGUGACAUCCGUGUGGCUGCAACUUCAGCAAAAAUGGGACUCGUUGAAACCAGGUUGGCCAUCAUUCCAGGAGCAGGUGGCACACAGCGUCUCCCCCGAGUUGUGGGAAUAUCUCUAGCAAAGGAACUUAUCUUCUCUGGAAGAGUACUUGACGGCACUGAAGCAAAAGCAAUUGGUCUGGUUAGUCACGUUGUGGAGCAGAAUGAAGCCGGGGACGCAGCCUAUCAGAGGGCCUUAGCCCUAGCAAAAGAAUUUAUACUACAGGGGCCUAUUGCAGUGAGACUGGCAAAGCAAGCCAUCGACCGAGGGACAGAGGUUGACUUGGCGACUGGCUUAGCGAUAGAGGAGGCCUGUUACGCUCAGGUGAUUCCGACAAAGGAUAGGAUUGAAGGUCUUACUGCCUUUAAAGAGAAACGGCCACCUCGAUUUACUGGGGAAUAAACCAGGAAAUACGGAAUGAGGAGUCUAUGAAACAACAGAAAAUGUAAUAAGACCUGAUCUGUGCUAAUUUUUAAACAUGCUGUAAUUGGGAAGACAGUAUUUGCUGAAAUAUUGAAUAAGGGCUAUUGUGUUUAUGAUUGAGAGCUGAACAUUACAAAAAUGUAAUCAGCACAGCUGUGUGUGACGUUUUGUUCCACUUUAAAAUUUACUGCUGUAUUUAAUUCUUUCACAAUCAUGUUUAUUUUUUAAAGGACCCUGAUGAAUAAAAAUAAAUCUUAUGGGAUAUUUCUCAAUCCUCAGAAUCAGGAGUCUUCAACAAAAUUAGCAAAAUGACAGAUAUUGGAUGUUACCUAAGAAUGAACAUUUAAUGUUUUCACAAGGGCCUACAUUACUCUUAUGUUUAACCUUAGUUUAACCUUAUGUUAAAGCUCUCCAUCCUGAGCCCACUUUUAAUUUGAAACAGUUAAUUGACUAAAAAUGUAAUGCUUGGUGCAUUUGAUGUCGAAUCAGUGUUUUGUCCAAAUGUCACAUAUAAAAGAUUGAUCAAAGCACCUAUCUUCUCCCACAUUACUUCUGUGUUUCUGCAAAAAUGUUCCAAAUAUGGAAUUGAGCAACCUCUAAGCCUGUUGAUUGAAAUAUUUGGAGUUUUUUUUUGCCAUGAAGUAAGGCUGGACAUUAUGUAGUGAAGCCACUUGAAAUGAUGAAUAUUGAGCACAGUUGUUUUUUUAAAAAAAGUUGAAUUACACCAGAAUUCUAUCAACACUAUUAGCACUGUCAUGAUUGGUAAUAAUUAUGAUAUUAUGAUAAUUAUGAUAAACUCAGUAUUUUAUUUUGUUAUGUGGUGCCAUCGUUUAUGUACCUGCCCGAUGCAUGACUACUGCUGAAGGUGUCAGUGGAAAAAUAAUUAAUGGGAAAAUCUCUUCUCUUCCUCCCAAUUUUUUUUGAAUGUUUAAUUGUUAUCGAUGCAUAUUUGUAAUAAACUACACAGGUGGUCUUUGGAAGGCUGUCAACAAGACAACUUGAUGGGAUGAAUAUCUGUUGUUACCAUU